UUUCCCCAAAUGUUUCCAAGUGAAAACUUAAACACUUUAAUACAACACAUCAAAUUUUGUAGGAUUAUGUUUUCUCGUCACUCAUAUUUGGUCGUCCCUACACAAACCUCCGUCGUAAACUUCCCGGCAUCCAUGUCUCCACCAUCCACCGCCGUUGUCUACGACCAACACGGCCCUCCCGACACCGUCACAAGGGUUACGAAGAUUCCACCGGUGGAGAUGAAUGAGAACGAGGUGUGCGUGAAAAUGCUUGCAGCUCCCAUCAAUCCCGCCGAUAUCAACAGAAUAGAGGGAGUGUAUUCGGUACUACCACCAAUACCUGCAAUUGGGGGAUGGGAAGGUGUUGGAGAAAUACAUUAUGUGGGCUCUGCUGUUAUGGCUCUUUCUCCAGGAGAUUUGGUUAUUCAUGCAGCUUAUCUUUCAGGGACAUGGCAAACCUAUGUGGUAGAAGAUCAAAGUUUAUGGUACAAAAUAGACAAAAACACUCCAAUUGAAUAUGCUGCCACUAUUUCUGUUAAUCCUUUGAGUGCCUUGAGAAUGCUUGAGGACUUUGUGGCUUUAAAACCAGGGGACACAAUUGUUCAAAAUGGAGCUACAAGCAUAGUAGGGCAAUGUGUUAUUCAAUUAGCUCGAAUUCGUGGAAUUCAUAGCAUUAAUAUCAUAAGAGAUAAACCUGAAUCUGAUAAAAUUAAAGAAAAAUUAAUCAAACUUGGCGCUAAUAAAGUAUUUACUGAAAGUGAACUCGAAGUCAAAGGUGUCAAAAAUCUCCUGGGUGAUAUACCUAAACCUAGUUUGGGUUUGAAUUGUAUUGGUGGAAAUGCAGCUAAUAUGGUGGUAAAAUUCUUAAAGCAAGGUGGUACUAUGGUUACAUAUGGAGGGAUGUCAAAGAAGCCAAUUACCAUAGCUACUCCAUAUUUUAUAUUCAAGGAUAUUUCAUUGAAAGGAUACCUGUUACAAGAAAAGAAUUUAGAUGAAGCACAAUAUAGGUGUUCGAUUGAUCAUCUAUUGGCCCUCGUUCGUGCUGGGGAUAUUGCAAUAUGAGAUGGAGAUGGUACCUUUUAAAGAUUUUCAUAUUGCUCUUGAAAAGGCAAUGGGGAAACAAGGAAGUCAUAGGAAACAAAUUCUAAAAUUUUAAAAUAAAUUAGC